GGUAAAUCUCACGCCUUUUUGUUAUCUCAAUUAUACCUUCCCAUGUUUUACUUUCUCUGCAAAAGAAUUCUUCAUGGGAGGACCACUCAAAGUCCCAAACUUUUAGGAUUAUCGCAUCCUCUAAUUCUCAGAUACAUAUCUAGUUCUUCAAACGAGCAUACAUUUACAGUUUCAUACCUCAAAAACAAAUGUGGGUUGUCCUCAGAAUCUGCUCUAAGAGCUUCCAAAUCUGUUAAUUUCGAAACCCCAGAAAAACCCGACUCUGUAAUCGCCGUUUUCAAGAACCAUGGCUUCUCAAAACCCCAAAUCAUUCGCCUCAUCAAGAGACGCCCAAAAGUGCUUACCUCGGAUGCUAAAAGAACCAUUUUGCCUAAACUUGAAUUCUUCAUCUCUAAAGGUGUUUCACUUCCUGACCUUGCCCAUGUCUUGUCUGGUAACCCAGCUUUGCUGUCCUCGAGCUUAGAGAAUCAAAUACUCCCAUCUUAUAAUUUCCUUAGUAGCAUGCUUAAGUCCGAUGAGAGGAUUUUCCAUGCCGUGAAACGAUAUCCACGGCUUAUGGGGUAUGAUCCUAAUGAUAUUUUGUUAUCCAAUAUCAAUACUUUGUUGGAUAAUGGAGUUGCUGAAUGUCAUAUUGUUUCAACGCUUAGUUCGCUGCCUUCCACUUUUGUUAGAAGUCCAAAUAAGUUUAAGGAUAUGGUGGAAGAAGUAAAGGAUAUGGGGUUUACUCCUUCUAAGCCAGUGUUUAUAAUAGCACUCUAUGCAAUGAGUUCGAUGAGUAAACCGACAUGGAAGAGGAAGAUUGAAUUUUUCAAGAAGCUUGGUUGGUCCGAGGAGGAGUUUUUCGAUGCUUUUCGUAGGUAUCCCACUUUCGUGAGGGUGUCUGAGGAUAAAUUCAUGGUGACAAUGGAUUUCCUUGUUAACAAAAUGGGUUUUUCGUCUAGUGUUUUUGCAAAACGUCCCCGAGUGCUGAUGAUGAGCAUGGAGAAAAAGAUUGUCCCGAGAGGUCUGUUUGCUCUCGACUUGUUGUCCAAAGGUGUUAUCAAGCAUAUUAACUUGCAGGCGUUGUUGGAGAGUUCGGAACAUGUGUUCAUUGAGAACUUUGUCAACCGUCAUAAAGAGGAAGCAUCUCAGUUGUUAAAGCUAUAUCAUGAAAAGUUAGAGCUUUCGAAAAACUGGAGAAUAGAUGGUUACAAGCUGCAGCAUUUAUAGGAUAUUGACAUUAAAAGGUUCUAAUCGUCCUCUUGUUCCUCUA